AUGCCUAAUAUCAAAAAUGAUAGCAUUCUAUUUACCGACGGACUCCCUUCAUAUCCGUCUGUUGCAAAAAAUUUAAAUUUUAGGCACAAAAUAGUUAAUCAUUCUGAAGGUUUUGGGUUAGAAGAUGGCAUCUAUACAAAUAACAUAGAAGGGUUUUUUGGCCAUGUGAAAAGUACUAUGAGGAAAGAAAAUGGCGUUUUUCGUGACCAUAUCGACGCCUGGUUAAGUAAGUAUACAUUUAAGCGAAGGUAUACUUUAGGUAAAAGCAAUGAAGAAUCUUCUGAAGUAUAUAUUGAUAUUUUGAAGAAUUAUUUCUAUAAAAAUUAUUAA